AUGGAAAAUAGAAGCCCUCCGGACCCAUUGUAUGUUCUGCGCGGUACAGAAGCAGCCUUAAAUGUCGUCAAGUUUGCUCCAAAGUCUGUUAGGGAAGAAGGACUUCUACUUUCUGGGUACGGUUUGUGCACAUUGAUCACAAGUGAACCAUUGUGAACAUUGAACGAAAUAAACACCAGUGUGAUUUUUGUUGAUCACAGUUAUGUUUGAAACAGUCAUUCUCCAUGAUGCAACUGAAUCAUCGGAACAACCGUCAUCGUUUCUGAUUGUGCUUUGCAUACAUUUGCAGGUGUAAUAAUCAAACUCACUUUUUCCUUAGCCCUCUUCCCCUCCCUUUGGAAAAAUGACCGUCAAGAGAUAUGAUUACAUAGCUGGAAUACUGUGAUACCUAAGUUUGCCCUUGAUUUUGCAGGUCUGCUAAAGGAAUUAUUAGUUUGUGGAAUCUUAAAACAAAAAGAUCAGAGAUAACAUUAGAUGGUCAUGAUGGACAUGCCAUCCUUGCUGCUGAUUUUCACCCUUGUGGGAAUGUGAUAAGGUACCGUAUACUUACCACUUCCACGCAAAUGAACUUCAUAAUUCAACUUUCAAGGAAAAAAUAAUCACUCCUUGGUUAUAACUUGUUGAAUUGUCUUUCCUUUAACUCUUCACACCUUAGUAUGAAUUUGUAUAAUCUCUAUACUGUUCUCCUUACAUUUCGUAAGGUGCUGAUGAGGAAAAUAUCCUUAAAAUUGAUAGUUUCCUUAGUAUGUGAUCAUUUACGCUAUUCUCAUGACCUCAAUGUUUGAAUUAGGGGUGAUAUUAUAAAGAGAAAUUAGAUGCUAGUCACUCUUAGUGGUUAAAAGGUUAAUUAAAAAAAAAAUUAAGAUACUUUGGCUGUAACAGUUGUUGAUCUAAUUAUUAGGGGUAGUGAGUAUAGUUGUUACAUUUCAUUCUCAAAAAAUUUCUAUCAAAGUUGAUUCUAAAAUCAUAACUAUAAUAAUCGCAUUAACCAUUUGGUGAAUAUUUCCAUAAGAUAACUUAUUUUUUGUCAAAUUAUUUUUAUUUUUUCAGUCAUGGCAGGGAUGGGUAUUUACGAAUAUGGCAGUGUUCUGAAGGAAGAAAGGAGGUGGUCAACAGUAUCACAGCUCCUUUUCUUGGAUUUUGUCAGUUUUGUGUUUUGUCAAGAGGUGAUGUAAAAAGCUAGUUAUCACUCUCACUCAUGCCCUUUACGCCUAAGUGGCAUGUAGGGCAGCAACAUGCUUCCUCCCCAUCUGCCAGUAUUUUGCUGUGAGCUUGAUACCUCCUCAUCUCCUUAAUUUCUUUCUCUACUGUUGGCAAGUUGUAAAAAGCUAGCUAUACUUGUGUUUAUAAUUGUUAUCUUCUCCUUCAAAUCCUGCCACCGAUCGGCUGUUUCGACUGCUGCGGUACCCACCUGUGUCCCUCUGUAUGCCCCUAUCCUCGGUGACCAUCUGUUCUCCAUCCAUAACAUAUAAGGUAACAGGUAACAUUGAUAGGAACUAAAUAGAUCAAAGCUAUUUCAUAAAUUUACAUUUACAGGAUACAAGUCCCAUUGGAUUGGUCUGCCAUCAGCCAGUAAUUCCCAGGUAAUAAAGACUACAAUUUAUUGUCUUCUUUAUUGGUAGGUUGGUUAUCAUGGUUAAGCUCUCAUUCUUGGCCCUUCACAGUCUAACAUUAAUAUCCACACUCUCUGUGCUGUUCUCUAUGUAUUUGCUAAGAUCUUAGUAGGAGAAUUCUUCUUAUGAUAAAGAGCUUCUUUAGUUGGGGAUCACUUCCUUCAUUUUUGUGACUUUAAUAUGUGAUUUGGGGGUGAUAUUGUAAGGUGAAAUUAGUUGCAUUUCUCCCAAUACAAAGUCUUCAUCACUAGGGGGGCCUCAUCCCCUUCAUCUACCUCACAUUCAUCAUGAAUUAUCAUUUUUAUGGGUUUUGGUUGUUGCCCAUUUUUCAUGACCCAAUCUUAUUUGAUGUCAGUGUGAGGAAACAUAAAUGAGAUAUUUUUGAAAAAAGGGUUUUUUUUUUUUUUUUUUUUUUUUACUGGGGUUGCUCGCCAAUCUUAUUUGUAUUGACAAGAGAAAUGAAAGAUGUGAGGGUAAUGAUAGUCUCUAUGCUAACAAAUCGAGUUUGUUUUUUAUUUCUUCUUUAAUGCUGAUCAUAGGUUAAUAUUCGUGAUCUGGAGUCAAAAGAAAUCUUGUUUGCUCUAAAACCUGAUGAUGGAAAGUCACUUGGUAAGUUGUGCAUUGCAUGAAUUAUUUUGUUAGUUUGUGAUCAAUACAUACAGUCAAAUGUUCCUCUCAAGCAACCAGGCAACAAGUUAGUCUAUAGUUUUCUCAUUAUUAACAAUUAUUCAUCAAAGUGGAGGUGAAUAAUGGUGGAUAUUUACUGAGCCGCAAAGUAGAGAGGUAAAUAUCCACCACUUCCAAUGACACUUGGGUGAAUAAUUGUUCUAGUAUAUACCACACAGAUACAAAAAAAAACAGUUGAUUUCUUUAAAUGUACAGAGAAAUGCUGGUAGGAAAUUAAACUCAACUCACAAUUUUGUCUUAUCUGCUACUCCGAGGUGACCAGUACUUGCUAUUGACUUCCAAAAAGAGUGAAAAGCACCAUUCACCUGUGUAGUAAAUACUAAUCUUUUUUUUAUGAACUGAGAUGAUAAUGUAAAUUGGCCAUUGCAGAGAGCUUCUGAGGCUGACAUUUCCAGCCAUAGCCCUUUGUCUUUCUCUCUGACGAAGGGCUAAUGCUCAAAAGGUCAUCCUAUGCCGCAAAUUUACAUUUCAUUUAUUAACUGCAAAACUGUCUUAUAAUAUCCCCUGGCAGUAAAUGUGUCUAUUUAAUAUGUAACCACUUGCUUACUGUUAUAAAACAUUUCUUUUUCUCCUCUCAGGGAUGUGCAUGUGUAUCUCUUUGAUCUCUGAUCCAGCAACAGACAAGCCUUUCUUGAUCGCAGGUUAUGAAAGUGGUCAGCUUGUGCUCUGGGAUGUUAUGGCUGGAAAAAUCUUGAGUAGAAAUCCAACUCACACUGAGUCAGGUUAAUCAUCAAUCUUUGGUAGUUUUGCACAUUUACAAACAUGCAACUAUUGUGGAGUUUCAAGUUUGUGUGUCCAAAUCCUUGAAAAUAUGAACCCUUUGCUCCAUAACAUGGGUAUGCAUAUUCUCGAUACUGUUUUUUUAUAGAUUUCCUAAGCUGCUGACAAGGAGAAUUUGUUUAACAAUCAAAAGUUUCUUUAGUUGUUGAUCAUUUCCUUAAUUCCCAUCACUUUCUUGCGUGAUUCUGGGAUAAUAAAGCUAAGGCAAUAAAAGCCAUCAACCCUUUAAUUCUCAUGAGUGACCAAGACAGAAUUUCUCCAUACAAUAUCGAUACAAUAUCUAGCAGACAAGUAAAGAGAAUAAAGACAAUCAAUAAGGGGAUUAUGAGUUGAUCCUUUAAUAAAUUCUCAGAUAUAACAUCAUAAGAAUUGUAUGACAGACAGUAAGGAAAAUUACUAAAUGAGAUCUUGGGAGUAAAAGGGUUCAGUUUGACUUGUCUCUCUUCUAAUGGCUUGACUCAAACCCAUAACUUAAAGCCUUUACUUGCUGGAUAGGUAAAAACUUAUUUAUUUCCUUCAACAUGUUUGUAUUUACUUUUAGUUCUCUGCAUGGAUGUAGACAAGGAGGACCUCAGAAUAGUGUCUGGCUCGGCGGAUAGUAAGCUGUGUGUGUCAUCAGUAACACCUCAGGUAUGUGCAGGGUCUUGUUAGAAUUGUUUCACUUACUGCUGCAGACAUGAUAUCAUCCAUAUAUUCUCUCUAGCACAGCAUAACAGUGGAAAAAGAAAUUGAGCUGAAAAACCCAGGCAUUGCUUCAGUCAAAAUCAGGAAAGAUCAUAAAAUACUGGCCACGGGUGGAUGGGAUGGCAGGUAAAGUUGUGGGCCAUUUAUUAACCAUUUAACAUUAAUUCUCAUAACCUUUAUGUUUGUUUCAGGGUUGAUACUGUAAGGAGAAAUUAGAUGUUGUUAUAGCAGUGCAUAUUGUCGUGAACAAUUACAUAGAUAAGUUGAAUUUCAUCCUCGCAAUUUCAACUUCACAAUCUUGUUCUACUAAUAUUCAAAUUUAUUCCUUUUUACAACCAGAAGUGAUUAACAUGUAACUUCUUUCUACAAUAUCUAUACAUUACCCAGCAAAUGGGUUAUGAGAAAACUCAGAUUUGUCUGGUAGUUGUUACCUUGAUCUUACACCAAAUUCUCUUUACUGAUGUACAAGGGAAUGCGUAGCAGCAAGAGGGGAGAAUUGAUAGUCCGAUCUUGGGAGUUAAAGGGUUGAUAACGAUAAUUCCUUGGAUUUUUUUUAACGGUAACGAUAUUGAAAUUUAUAUUGAUGCCACCAAUAAUUAUUGUAACGAUAUCUAUAAUCCUAAUGUUUGUGGUGGGGACAACGAUUAUUGAAAUAGUGAUUUUAUGUAUCUACAGGAUAAGAAUAUACAGCUGGAAAACACUCAAACCAUUGGCUUACCUUAGUUAUCAUACACAAACUAUAAACACGGUGGAUUUCUCAGAAGAUCUGUGUGACCACGGACAGCUCUUGGCUGCCGGUGGAAAAGAUUCCAGAAUUAGUCUGUGGUCUUUGUAUAAUGAAAAAUAGUUUCUGAACGGUCAGAAAUUCUUCCUCACGAUGGGAGUCGCAAGGGAAAUUCGUCUUUGCUAAUCUCCUCCAUCACGCAUUUCAAACAACUGGAAAAUGAGCUUUUGAAAUUCUGAACAGUGAAACUACAUGGCCCUCCAGAGAACUCUAUUUAGACUUUCAAACUUUUGUGGGGCUUUGUGAAUCGUUGUGAGCUAAUUUAGUUUAAUCAACUGAGUUGUUCGAUGUUAUAAAUUGACCGCCGUGGAGAAUUUUUAAAACUGACGUUUCGAGUAUUACUCUUUCGUCAGAGCAAAUGUGAGUUGUUGGUCGAGGACGAGAACAGGUACCUAUGGAUAUCAUGGAACUACAAUAUUAAAUAAAACCAUGGUUUUGAAAUGGAAACGGUGUUGUUGAGUUGUUUUUAGCUCUGAUAAUGUUGAGCGAAUUGGUUCUUGAUAUUUUCCAAUCGGAUCAAUAUUUUUAACAUUACUCCAUGUUAUUUAUUGCUCCUCUUUGUUGACGUUCAACGUCUCAAUCUUAAUGUUGUAGCUAAGAUUGGUUAUUUUAUCUCACAUAAUGUUCCUGAAAGGAAUAACGAGACUUACUGAAAACGUUUAACUAGAUGAUCCUUUUUAAAGCAAAUUGAAAGCAUUUUCAAGGACACUUACUCGACUGUUCGGUAAGUAGCGUAACACAUCAUAGCGUUGCCCUGAGCAAGGAAAGCUUUCGUUCAAUAGACAAAUGAGCGGGCUAGAGAAAACCAUCAGGCUUUUUUGGAACUGAGCGUCGAUGGGUCCAGCCUUUCCUCUCGUCUCAGACCCCUCAGUCUCGUUUUCUCUUGCUCGUCCCGCUUUUUCACUCAUCUCCAGCAACUGAAUGCCCAAACUUAAACAGACCAGAACUAGUACCUCUUUUAAUUUGGCUUUAUUUGUCUCAAAAUGUAUCGAUCGGUUAAGGUGUUCGAUUGUAUUUGACUCACUAUAAAAAUAUACAGUUUUCCCAUGACACUAAAAUCAGUACAAAAUCUGCUUGCGUUUAUCACUAACAAAUGGCAGCAAAGAAAAUUGGCUCCAAUGUGGCAUGAACAGAAGAGGAAGGUGAUCCGAAAAUAUUUUGUCAUCUGCCUGAUUUUACAAGUUUUCUUUUUUUUAACUCUCUGCACUUUCUUGAUAUUAUACUCCUGAGAAUUUUGAAAUAGAACUGUGAUAUUGUUUGUACAACCAUAUUGUUCAACCAAGAUGGUUGAACAAUAUUCGUUAAUUGGUUGUCACAGUUGCAUGAAACAGAGAUAAGAAGACGCGAUGGACGAGACUUAUGCACAGUGUGGUCUGUUUUAAAAUUCGCCAGCUCAGGAUCGGUUUCGUGUAAAAUUAAGAGCAGAAACUAAGUGCAAGGCAAUACUAAUGAGUGACCUUUAUAGAGAUCGCUGACUGAAAAGAUAUCCACUUGUUUGAUAUUGCUAUUGAAGAGGUUGUUAUAUUUUUUGACUGGGCAAUUACUGAAGAGGAAGACAAAAAUAAAUUUGAGUCUCUCGAAAAGUAAUAUAAGAAAUUUGUACCUAAUGAAAUUGUAAACCACAUUACGCGCGGUUGCCAUGUCAGCCAAUCGCUUGAUCAGUUUCCUAGCUCCACUGUAAUUUCCUACAAAGCUAUGAAUUAGGAAGGAUUGACAGUUUUGAUGUUUUUUUCAAUUUCUUAUAUUAGGAGAGUUCUUUUUCCCUUUUAUCAGCUCUCGAGUGGCUCUGCACGUUAAGCGCGUCCUCGUAUAUUUUUGUGUCUCCAAUGGUCGAAGUUAUCCAUAAGAUUCAGUCAAAGAGCAUGCGACGGUAGCUAAGGCCAAAGUAACGUAAAGAUCAAUCAAUUCCAGUACAGUAUUUUGAUUUUCCACUGAGAAAAAUAUUCUUUUAAGAACCUCGCGAAUCUUCGCACUUUUAAGAUUAAAGGCUUCGAUAAAUUUUUUCACCUUGAGUAUUCGGCCUAAAAAAUCUGGUUAAGAGUCGAAGAAAAAAAUUACAACGAUUUGGAUGAAGGGUUCUCAUUUACAUGGCCGCGAGACAUACUCUUAUGAUGCCGAAGGCUACCAGUUUCAUAGUUCUUAUCGCUCUUCUGUAUGUCUGAAAAAAAAUUAGCAUAUAGGCUGCAGGGGUUGAGACAAAUUCCCCAUCAAUUUUGGUCGCAUUAACAAAUGAAUAGUCUUGCGCAAAUAUUCAACCGUUUCACUCGGCGCUCGUUCGAAUAAGUUUGGCUCGAAGGCAUACGAUUAACAAUAAAGUGACUCAUUUCUGUACUAGAAAAAUUAUACAUAGUGUUCGGAAUUCUCUAUGUUGAGGUAAAACGAUUAAUUUUUUUGUUAAAAUUUCGUUCUUAAACUUCAUAAGUCAUCGAGCUUCGGACUCUUUGGAAAUCGUGAAAGAAAAGAAGAAAAAAAUUAAUAUGGCAGCAGUUUAUCAUCAAUACGCAAAAUAAGAAUCUGUUUCUGAACAACAACCUUCUUUGACGAAAAUUUUCCCAUCAUUUUAUAAUCCAUCCUAAUCUUUCCGAUACAAUUAUUUAAUUUGUUUUAGGUAAUGGAAAGUUUUAAAUUUUGGAUUGACAACAAAUAGAAAUAUAACGUGGUCGGAGUUUAAAUUAGCUGAUACAUGGCAAAAACUUUUUUUAAUUUGUUAAUAUGAGUCUGACAUAAUUAUUAUAUAUUUCAAGGUGAAGACUUUCUAAACCACACCGUAAUGGCCUUUCGCCGGAGAGUUCGACGAAACCUCAUCCUCCUGCUAAUAUUCACUUUUAUAUCUGUUGGUUUAUUUUUCGCUUUACUCCAAACAUCCCGAGACGUUGUCAAGAACAGAAACGUAUUUCAGUCUGGGAGUACGUUUAUUACAACAUCAAAUCUAACGACAAAUGAGGCUCCUUUGCAAAUCAAAACAAGCUCACUUAACGAUUUGACAGAGAGGAUGUUGCAGCACAAGGUGAAAAGUCGUCAAGUCUUGUUGGUUGUUGCCCACGGAAGAUCUGGUUCUACAUUUCUAGCUGAUAUUUUUGACAAGCAUCCACGAGUCUUUUAUAUCUUCGAACCACUGCACGGGAUUAGGAAAAUGCAAGCCGGGGAUUACGAUACGUUUGCGACGAAUUAUCUUCAACAAAUUUUUCAAUGCAACUUCAGUAUGGGUAAUACAAGCAAAGAGAUAGGUCGUUUUUUUCGUUUCUACAGCCGAGCAUUGAGUUCACCCCCGUUUUGCAAAUACAAGCAAGGAGAUCCAAAAUGGAGCCGAAAGUACUGUUCGCCUGUUACUCAAAAAAAGCUUGAACACACGUGUAAAGUGCAGCACAACACAGUCGUUUAUAAGCUUCUUUUGGAUAGAAUCCCUGGCCAAUCACUUGAGAGGCUUUUCCACGUGUGUGAAAUGGCAGAUGUUGAAUGCAAAAUUAUUUAUUUAAUACGUGAUAUGCGACCAGUUGUAAUGUCCUCUCAAAAAGUAGCCUUUUUUCGAGAGGUUGAUCGGAAAACAAGACCAUCCCUAAGACAGUUCGUUUAUUCUUGCUGCGAAAUGAUUGAGAGGAAUCUUUACCUGAUGAAAAAGUUUCCUCCAUCUCUUCGAAGUCGUGUGAGACUUGUGCGAUAUGAAGACUUAGCGGCCGACCCGCUGCAAGUUUUCGAUUCUUUGUAUCGAUUCGCAGAACUCGAAAUGCUAGAAAAUAUCAAACAAUGGAUCGUGAAAAUAACACAGCCGAGUUUUGCGGAUUUGAAAAAAGAGGAAAAACGCCCAGUUUCAAUGAUAAGGAACUCACUGGAAGUUCUGAACAAGUGGCGACUUUUGGCAGAUUCUUGUUUCGUAGAUGUGAUUGAGCGAUAUUGCCGUGAUGCGAUGAAAUUGAUGGGAUAUGUUACAACAGAUGGUUCGGUGGAAAUGCUCCAAAAUUCAACGAUUCCACUAUUUAACAAGAAUUAUACAGCGCAAAAUUGGAUAUAGCAAUUGCAGUCCGCCGGCUGAGUGCGAACACAAUUAGUAUGUCUCCCCGUCGGCCUGUCCUUUCAUCAAAUUUUAGGUCAGACUGUUCGUCUCCACAGCUUUUCGUCCGUGCUUCUUUCUGCACAUCUGAAAUUUCCUUCCCACUUUCCAAAUUGACUUAAGUGUUUUAUAAUUGAGCUAUGGGCGCCCAAACCGAGCGAAAUUUGAUGUUUCAGCCCCUUUCGUGAUGUUUUUAAAAAGGAUUCUUUGGAAUAAAAAAUGUAUCCCAUAGUAAUGAUCAAACGAUCCAAUUUCUUGCUCAGCUAGGGAGAAGCCAUUUCUCCAAUUAAUUCUUUAGUUCUUUUAUGGCCAUGUUGAAAGAACUAUCUUCACGGCGGGGAAAGAAGCCAUUUCACGAUGGGUGCUGUGAUGUGAUUGGUCGGUUCAGAGUUGCAUGCACGCACGGUUCUCUGUACGCAACUACACUGAAUUGACACCAAAGCAGCCAAUGAAAAGCGUUAAAUGCUAUCAAGCUUUGAUUUCUUCAUAAUAGACAAGUAAAUAUCUAACUUUAGGUUAGAGAAAAUACACACAAGAAUUACUUCAUCACGUUGUUGUUGUAAACUGGGUCUGGAUAUCCACACUUUGAAGUUCUAGAUUCACUGUGAGUAAACGUGAGGGUAAAAUUUAAUUUAUUCCUAGUCUAUUGGAAAGUGACUUAAAAUAGGCUUUACAUACUGUUAAUUCAAUGUGCUUGUUCGACCAUCUGCUUCCAAAACACUAUUUUAGCUAAGCCAACAUUUAUGUAGCUGCUUACCAAAUAGCUGUCACAUUUCUAGCAAACUUCUCAAUGCUUUACCAAAAUAGGGGUGCUUUUCUCUCAAUUUCCUCAGUUGCAAUAUACAUUUCAAAUUACUCUUUUUCAUGACUGUUCUCAGUGGUUGAGUUAAAAAUAUAUGCGGCUGGUCAGUUAGAGUGAAACUUUCCCUUGUCAAAAAUGAACAGAUUUUGGAAUGUUUUCUUCAAAGGAGUACAGCUUGUACAUUUGAUUGAGAUAUUUACUCAGUAAAUGGAAAGCUUUUUGUAUUAUUCAUUUGUAUCAUGUUUUUCUCUGAUGUAUCGAUUUCAUCUUUAAAACAAAUUUAUGCCAUUAAAACGUCAUGUG